CCGCCGCCGCCGCCGCCGCCCAGCGCGCUCCGGGGCCGCGGGCCGCCUCCAGCACCCGCCGCGCCGCAGCUCCGGGACCGGCCCCGGCCGCCGCCGCCGCGAUGGGCAACGCCGCCGCCGCCAAGAAGGGCAGUGAGCAGGAGAGCGUGAAAGAGUUCUUAGCCAAAGCCAAAGAAGAUUUUCUUAAAAAAUGGGAAAAUCCUGCUCAGAAUACAGCCCAUUUGGAUCAAUUUGAACGAAUCAAGACCCUCGGCACGGGCUCCUUCGGGCGGGUAAUGCUGGUGAAGCACAAGGAGACCGGGAACCACUUUGCCAUGAAGAUCCUCGACAAACAGAAGGUGGUGAAGCUGAAACAGAUUGAGCACACCCUGAAUGAAAAGCGUAUCCUGCAAGCAGUCAACUUCCCGUUCCUUGUCAAACUCGAGUUCUCCUUCAAGGACAACUCAAAUUUAUACAUGGUCAUGGAAUAUGUGCCUGGUGGGGAGAUGUUCUCACACCUGCGGAGGAUCGGGAGGUUCAGUGAGCCCCAUGCCCGCUUCUAUGCGGCCCAGAUUGUCCUGACCUUCGAGUACCUGCACUCGCUCGAUCUCAUCUACCGGGACCUGAAGCCGGAGAACCUUCUCAUCGACCAGCAGGGCUACAUUCAGGUGACAGACUUCGGUUUUGCCAAACGUGUGAAAGGCCGCACCUGGACCUUGUGUGGGACCCCCGAGUACCUGGCCCCUGAGAUCAUCCUGAGUAAAGGCUACAACAAAGCUGUGGACUGGUGGGCCCUGGGGGUUCUCAUCUAUGAGAUGGCCGCUGGCUACCCGCCCUUCUUCGCUGACCAGCCCAUCCAGAUCUACGAGAAGAUCGUCUCCGGGAAGGUGCGGUUCCCAUCCCACUUCAGCUCCGACCUGAAGGAUCUGCUUCGGAACCUCCUGCAGGUGGACCUCACCAAACGCUUUGGGAACCUUAAGAACGGAGUCAAUGACAUCAAGAACCACAAGUGGUUUGCCACGACUGACUGGAUUGCCAUCUACCAGAGGAAGGUGGAAGCUCCCUUCAUACCAAAGUUUAAAGGCCCUGGGGACACGAGUAACUUUGAUGACUAUGAGGAAGAAGAGAUCCGAGUCUCCAUCAAUGAGAAGUGUGGCAAGGAGUUUUCUGAGUUUUAGGGGUGUGCCUGUGCCCCCAAGGGUUUUCUUUCCUUUUUUUUUUUUUUUUUUGAUGGGGGGGUGGGGUGGGAGGAUUGGAUUGAACAGCCAGAGGGCCCCAGAGUUCCUUGCAUCUAAUUUCAUCCUGCCCCCACCCCCCCCUCCAGGGUAGGGAGAGCAGGGAGCCCAGAUAUUUGGAGGAACAGAAACACCAGCUGCUCCCCCUCACCCCUUUUGCCAUCCUUCCUCCCCUCGCUUUUGCCUUCCUCCUCCCCCACGGCCCCGCACCCCAGCCCACUUCUGCCUGUUUUAAAUGAGUUUCUCAGUUCUUCCAGUCAGACCAGGUCUUGCUGGUGUGUCAGGGACAGGGUGUGGGAAGAGGGGCCCAAAUGUAACUCUAGUGCCACCCUCCAAACUACAGACACCACUCUCUAAGGGCAAAUGAAUGAGAGCAGUCCUGUCAGGGAAGGAGACAUUUUAGUGUUCAAUGGGCUGCUUGCUAGAAUUAAAAAAAAAAAAAAACAAUUUACAAUCUUAUUUAAGUUCCACCAAUGCCUCCCUCCCUCCUUCCUCUCCCACCCCUUCCCAUGGCCCUCUGCCCCAAAUCCAUUUUAACAAGGCUGGGAAGCAGACUGACUUUGUAAAGGAAGAAGCAGGGGUUCCAACCUCUCCCCCAAGCUGCUAAUCCCACCCCCUGCUCCCCUGUCAAGCCUGGACCGGUCUCAGGCCCUUUAGGAAGCCCCUUCCCCCUUGUACCCCAACAGACCUGCUUCACCCUUGGGCUUCGGGACCCAGACAAAGCAGCUGCCCCUCUCCCUGCCAAAGAGGAGUUGUCCCUGAAAAGAUAGAGGGGGAGCCCCAAGCCCAGGGUCUUUCUUCUCAGUAACAUUUCCCCAAACUCCUUACUUUUAUUCUCAGCUAGAUGUUACUGUCCAGCCUCCUUUCAGUUAGGAAGGCAACCCCCCCCCCCCACGCAAUCCACCUGAUGGUCCCUGGUUCAAGGCCGGGAUUGCUGGGGAGGGACUGCCUGUUUUUUUCACCCAGCAGCCUCCGCCCCCUCCCCCAUCCUGGGCACUCUUCCUCUGCUUAGCUGUCAGCUGUCAAUCACCCGUUCUCAACCCCCCCCAUUUGUGGGGUUUUUUUUUUUUUUUUUCUCUUAAUAGAAAAGUCGAGAGCCACCCCAUUCAUCCCCGUGUUUGUCUCAUAAUUUCUCCCCAUCCCAGGAGGAGUUCUCAGGCUUGGGGUGGGGCCCCGGGUGGGCGCGGGGGCGAUUCAACCUGUGUGCUGCGAAGGACGCAACUUCCUCUUGAACAGUGUGCUGUUGUAAACAUAUUUGAAAACUAUUAUCAAUAAAGUUUUGUUUAAAAAAAAGUG